AUGGACGGGCCCCUGACUCCCCGGGAGUCCGCCAAGUUCAUCGCUGAAAACAGUCAGGACGUGUCCAUCGACGGCGGGGGCGUGCGGAGGGUGGCCGAGCUGCUGCUCGCCAAGGCGGCGGGGCCCGAGCUGCGCCUGGGCGGCUGGAAGGCCCUCCACGAGCUGAACCCCAGGGCCGCCGACGAGGCCGCGGUCAACUGGGUGUUCGUGGCCGACACGCUCAACUUCUCCUUCUGGUCGGAGCGUGAGGAGCGCAAGUGCCUGGUGGGCUUCAGGGGCAGGACGUACAGCGGGUACUGGUCCCUGUGCGCCGCCAUCAACAGAGCCCUGGACGAAGGGAUACCAAUAACUACUGCUUCGUACUAUGCCACAGUGUCCCUGGAUCAAGUUCGGCAUAUUCUUCGAUCUGACACGGAUGUUCCCAUGCCUUUGAUAGAAGAGAGGCAUCGGAUUCUCAAUGAAACCGGGAAAAUCUUGCUUGAGAAAUUUGAAGGCUCUUUUCUUAAUUGUGUCCGAAAAAGUGAAAAAAGUGCACAGAAGUUAAUGCAUCUGGUAGUUGAAAACUUUCCCUCUUACAGAGAUGUGACUGAGUUUGAGGGGAAAAGAAUUUCUUUUUACAAACGGGCCCAAAUCCUUGUGGCAGAUACGUGGAGUGUGUUGGAGGGAGAAGGGGACGGCUGCUUUAAGGACAUCUCCAGUAUCACCAUGUUUGCUGACUAUAGAUUGCCCCAGGUGCUUGUUCACCUGGGAGCCCUGAAGUACUCGGAAGAACUCCUGGAGAAGCUUCUCAAAGGAGAAAUGCUCUCGUAUGGGAGUAGGCAAGAAGUAGAAAUCAGAGGGUGCUCGCUUUGGUGUGUUGAGCUGAUCCGGGAUUGUCUUCUGGAGCUUAUUGAAAAAAAGGGUGAAAAAAUGAGUGAAGAGAUCAAUUCCAUUCUUCUGGACUAUUACUUAUGGGACUAUGCACGUGAUCACAGGGACGAUAUGAAAGGAAUUCCAUUUCAUCGAACACGUUGCAUAUAUUAUUGA